AUGAGCACAAUCACCACCACAACAGAGAUUCCACCUUAUCAUCUUCCACCAGCAAACCACCCGACUGAGAAUUUUCCCAUCUCCCAGAAAACAAUCUUGAAUUUUCUGAACACAAAAUGCAGCACUUCCAUGGAAAAUCUCAAGCAGGCUCAUGCUUUAAUCCUGAAAACUGGUCAUUUUCAAGACCAUUAUGUUGCAGGGUCCUUAGUGAAAUGCUAUGCAAAUCCUCGAUUGGGAAGCCUAGAGAGUUCAAUAAGAGUUUUGGAACAUGUGGAAAAUGCAAAUGUUUUUGUAUGGAAUUGUAUCAUUAAAGGGUGUGUGGAUAAUAAAGAAUUCUUUAAGGCCAUCUGUUUUUAUAUUGGGAUGGUAAGUGCAGAUUCCAGGCCUAAUAAGUACACAUAUCCACCAUUGUUUAAGGCUUGCACUAUAAAGGAUCUUAUUGCAGAAGGGAUGCAAGUCCAUGGUCAUAUCAUUAAACAUGGACUUAAUGCAGAUGGCCACAUAAUUAGUUCAGGAAUUCAGAUGUAUGUGUCUUUUGGACGUCUCGAGGAUGCCCGAAACAUGUUUGAUGAAAGUGCACAAAGAGAUGUUGUUUGCUGCAAUGCCAUGAUUGAUGGUUGUGAGGUAACGAUAGUGGGGAUAGUGACACAGAAUGUUGAAUUGGAGGUGGCGAGUGGCGAGAGUGGUGGUAGGAGGUAG